GGCGCCGAGCUCCGCGUCCCGCGGCGGCUGCGGGGCUGCUCCCGCCGGGCUCCCGCAGGUUUCCGCAGGCUGGCACCCCGCGCACGGGUGCCGUCCCCGCAGGACACAGUGAGCUGAUCUCACUCUGGGAAAAGUUCUGGCAGGGGCAGGACGGUGCCCGGACCCACAGUACAUGAAGGCUUCUGCCAGCAGGAGAGCUGGGGUUAUUGCUUCAGAGGGUGGUGUAGCAGUGCUGGGGAUGCCACCGUGCUCCAUGGGAGCCCAGGUCCCGAGUUGAGUCUCCUGCUGCAGAGGACACCCCGAGGGACAUUGGGAGGGGUCGCUCCCUGUCCUGACCCUGGAUGUGCAUCACAUCAGUUUUGCAGGGCAAAGGUGCGGCUGGAUGACGGCUGAGGAUGUGCUAUGGAGCUGGGAUUCAACUGCUCUGAGCUCUGUGAUGGCAGCUCCCAUUUUGGCAGCCAGGAGCAGCAGCAGCGGGCGCUGCAGGAGCUCUGCACUGUGACAGUGACAUCUUUUGACCGCAGUGUGAAGAGCUCCCCAUCCUUCUCUGCUGGUCUCCUGGGAGUUGUGUGGACAUUCCUGACUGGAGGAGUCCUGCUAGCACUCUUCUUUCUCAUCUUCACAAUUCGCUUCAGGAAAAACAGGAUUGUGAAGAUGUCCAGCCCCAAUCUCAACAUUGUGACCCUGCUGGGCAGUGGCCUGACUUACACAAGUGCUUACCUCUUUGGGAUUCCAGAGCAGAGCCUGCCGUCUGGAGACUCAAUGGAAAAGCUUAUUCAGGUGAGGCUCUGCCUGCUGUGCGUGGGGACCUCCCUGGUGUUUGGUCCUGUCCUGGGGAAAAGCUGGCGGCUCUACAAGGUGUUCACCCAGAGGGUGCCGGACAAGCGGGUGAUUAUCAAAGACCUGCAGUUGCUGGCGAUGGUGGCAGCGUUGGUGCUGGCAGACGCUGUCUUGCUCUUGACAUGGGUGUUCUCUGACCCAGUGCAGUGCUUCCGAAGCCUCAGCGUCUCACUGCGGGCGACAGAGAAAGGCAUGACGUGCUCCGUGAGCCGGGUGCAGUCCUGCGCAUCACUCUAUUCCGAUCUUUGGCUCGUUCUCAUUUUAGGGUUUAAGAGUAUCCUCCUGCUAUAUGGGACCUACUUGGCCGGUCUGACCAACAACGUCAGCUCCUCACCAGUCAACCAGUCCUUGACACUCAUCGUUGGGGUCAACCUUGUUUUCCUGGCUGCUGGCACCAUCUGCUUAGUUCACCGUUUCUUCCGUACUUGGCAUAAUUUGUUGUUUGGUUUUACUUCCGGAGGCAUCUUUGUGUGUACGACCACAAUCAACUGCUUCAUCUUUGUCCCACAGCUCAAGCAGUGGAAAGCUUUUGAAGAAGAAAGCCAAACCACGAGCCACAUGGCAAAAUAUUUCACCAGCCCAAGCAGGAGCUGCCGCUCGGUGUACAGCGAGGAGCAGCUCUACCAGCUCAUAGGGGAGAAAAACUCCAUGAAGCGGCUGCUCACCGAGAAAAAUGCCGUGAUCGAAAGCCUGCAGGAGCAAGUGAGCAGCGCCAAGGAGAAGCUGAUGAGGCUGAUGUCUGCAGAGAGCGGCUGCGACCCCCGUGCGCUGCCAGCAGCUCCCUGCACCUGGAGCUCAGGGCAGCCUGGGGAUGCACCGGGGGACUGCUGCACCCCGGAUCCAGAGAGGGAUGGGUGGCAGCCCCCCUGCUUGCUGGGUACAUCACCACUUGGCAGCAAUGCUCAGGCCCUCCAGAAACAUGCAACCCAGGAGCCUGUUUGCUCUCAGGUGCUGCUUUUUAAUACAGGGGACAGCACUGAACGUGGCAUGAAAGAUGUCCAGGAGUGUGGGACACCUGCAGUGCAGGGGCAGCCUCCGGAGCAGCUGCCAGGCUGGGACAACUCAGCUGGUGUAGCCUGGGAGUCGUCCCCCAAAGUCAGCUAUGUAAACAGUGAGAAGCUGUGGGAAAUCUUGCGAGAGUUAAGCCUGGAUGGCAAAAACUACAGCCCAGCCUUAUCUGCAGGACCCCCACUUGGCAACCGGGGCACCUCAGGCAAACAGGGAGAAACACGGGUGGGCCAGGAGGGCUACCCAGGCAUCCACACACCCCUCAGCCCCUACCUGGCAAGGCAUCGUUGGAGGAUCCCGUUGCCUCCUGCCUCCACACGCUUCCCUGGACAUAUAUCCCCUCGUGCCAGCUGCAGGGUGAAGGAGGUGGGCAGUUGGGGCCAUGGAGAGUCAGCACAUAACUCCCUGGGAAUGGGAGGGGAGAUGGCUGGCAGAGGGCCCCUUCACCCCCCAGCACCAUCCCCUCCAGCCAUGCCAAGGGAGGCCUGCCUUCAGCCAGAGGGGUGGCUGGGGUGGCCAGAGUCCCAGGGUGCUUCAUCGUGCAUCUCGCAGGAGCAGCGGCAGUGGCAGGGCACCCCGAGGGGACCCGCUGAGCCCUCGCUGCGCUCACUGUACUAUUACCCAGACUCCGACUCCAGCAGCAGCAGCAGCUCUGAGGAGAUGUUUCAUGGCUGCCACCGACCCUGCUGCGAGGUUUGCUUCCAGAGCCCACACGGCUCCCUGGACAGCAGCAGCACGGACACGGACACAGAGCCCAGUGACUGUGAGGAUCAGCAGACAGAGCACCGUGGCGGGCCCCAGCCUGUGGUGAAUUUCAAAGACGAUCUGAAACCCACCUUCGUGUGACUGGGAGCAUCCCUGCACCAAAAGCAAGUGCCCUCCCACCCCCAAAACACUGCGUGUUUUUUCAGCAAUGCUAAAGCCACACAUCCCUCUGAGGAAUGUGCCUUGUUCUGGAAUGUGGGGAUCAGGAAUAAACCUUGCCUCGUUCUGGUUUGCAGUGUCAGCCCCAGCCUGGUCAGCUGUGACUGCAGGCUGAGUUUGGCUGAGAGGGGGUUGGCAGCACUCAGGGAGGUGGUGGUGGCUUUGUCCUGGCUACUCUGGGCAGCUGCCUGUGUCCCACAGAUAGCCAGCACUUCUGUCCAUCCUGGUGCUAGCAGUGGAGAGCCCAGGGCUGGGGGGUCUGUGAGAGCCCAAACUUCAUCUCCUCAGAGAGCUUUCCCUGUAAGACUUGGGUGACAGGCACUGGCAGGAAGCAGUAUCCUGCCUCAGAAACAACCAUUGCUUCUUGCACACCACUCCAUACACACCGACUGAGGACUCCUUCCCCCGAGGCUGCCCAUGCAGAGUGUCCCACUGGCAUCACCCCCAGCUGGGGAUGGGCAAUGGAUGCCAGAAGUGGAUGUAGGCUGCCACUCACCUGGGGCAUGCUGCUCCCAGGCAAAGCAAACUUUUGGGUUUUGGUGGGUUUUUUGUAGCAUCUGAAUGAGAAAAUGGAGUCCAAAGGUGAUAUCCGUGGAGGUGUCUUCGCAUUUUGUGUAGUUCAGGUGCAUGGUUGUAGGUGGGACUCAGGUCAGAGCUGAGGGGAAAGACAAGCUAGCCAUUGUAAAGAAGGAUCUGAAAAGGGUUUCUUUUUUUACUUUGAUUUCUGGGUCUUGUGCCCUUCUGUAUGUCUUUGUAUGGAUGAUGUAGUCUGAAAUAAGGUUUGUUUAAAUUAAUAUGCUCUGUUUAUUUUUUAUCUUAGAAAUACCAAGAACAGUAAAUCCA